AUGAUGCGCCGCGGCAUUCGUAGCAGCCUGCGCGCCCUCCCGCGCCGCGACCGAUGGCACAUGCUGCAGGAGUAUGCUGUCGGAGAGAUGAACCAGGAGGAAUUUCGCAAGCUGCGGGUGCGUGAUGGUCAGGUCACGACUCUGGUGGAAUCCACGUCCAGCACUCCUGCCAAGACCAUUGACUGGGCUUCCUGGGAUUCCCGGAUCAGCAACAAGGAGGUUCUCGGCUGCUUGAAGAGCUUUCACGAGCAGCAGUCCGUCCUGCUGGAGCAGGUCCUCAAAGAGGACCAUUCCGCAUCCAUCAAGAAGCAGACAGAAGGCUGGGAGCUCUUCGAUGCAGCUGUAACCAGCUGCCAGAAGUCCGUCGAAAAGUCCGAGCAGAUCUUGAAGAACGGCGCCCGCGCUCUUUGGAUCUCCUUCCAGAAUCCGCCAAUCUCGAUGCUUUCGCAAUCCGAGUGGCUGGAUGCCGACCAGUACUGGCAGGCUUUCGUCGAAAAGCACCAUUUCUACCACAACCACUUGGCCUGUGCAGUCGAAGAUCCUGAGAGCAAGGAUUAUGAUGCCAAGCAGAAGGCUGACCUGAAGCGAAACUGGGAAGCUUUCGAUGGCCGCGGCACCACGCGCCAGAAUAACAAGUUGCUGUACCAGCGGCCCUCCUUCGAGUACUAUGAUGUAUUCCGUGGUCCGCUCAUUGAGCACAUGAUUUUCUACUUGACAAAGACAGGGGGCGAUGCCAGGACUUUCCCAGAGAUGAUGCCCACCAAAUGGUAUGCGGAGAUCUAUGAUGUCCGCUUCAAGCUUUACAAUGUCCUCCAGCGCCGCAAGCGGCAGGUGCAUGAGGCCACCUGGUCUCGUGAAUCCUUCCAUGACUUCCAUCCGCACGACAUGGAGCACGAUGGAGACGCCUACUACUCCAAGCUCAUUGCAAAGGAGUCUGUGGCCACCGAACUUUGCGCUGGCCGCCUGAUGGGGAAUUUCAUUCUUUUCAGCGACACCUAUGUGCCUGUGCAAUCGGGCACCGCUUUUUACAGAGCCAUCCAGACGGAUGGCGGAAAGGGUACUUUCUAUAGCCUUGGCGCCGAUGUCAAUUGCCUCUUCUACAAGCCUGCGGGGGAAGAGCUUUCAACGCCGGACCCUGUGGAGUGCUUCCAGGCCCUGGCGGACCACGCAACCAUGACGGGACGCAAGUUUGAGGCCGGCUAUGCAGCGGCCUUCGAAUCCUUCACCGAGGUGCUAGCCUCUCGCAAAGAGGGCCUGGGAGGCAGCUGGUUCACGGCACCUGGCGAGAGCUCCAGGGAAGCCUUCAUGCGCAGGCUCAAGAAGUCAGACCCUGCCUAUGACAUUUACGCGGCUUACGCGGAGGAGCACGAGGAGCGCUGGAAAGCGGCCAAGGCGCUCUCCAUGGACGAAGCCAUGGCCCAGAUGCCUGAGAUCGAGCGCAAGUACAAGAUUGAGUGCGAUGAGUACAGCAGCAUCCUCUUUGGCUUGAAGCUAAGGGCAAUGCUGAUUCUACGCACACAUACUCCACCCGGUGUAAAUGACGAGAUGGCUGCAGCUGGCAAGCUGGAGCAGGCAGGGUCGGGGUCUGAUGGAAAAGAGAGUUUGGGUACUACCACACCAUAA